AUGAUCGACGGCGGGGCCAUUGGUUUCAAUAUGAAUAAACUCCGUCCGGGAUACGGGAAAUACAAAGGUCGCAUGCACAUGAUCGUCCUCGAAGACGGUCCAGACUGUGCUUGUGGGGCGCUACGAACUGCGCGGCAUCCACAAUUUCCUCACGCUUCUCGUUCUCUCAUACACAUACUUCUCUCUCUCAUCCUAACACUACUCUCUCUCUCUCAUACAUAUACUUCUUUCUCUCAUCUUCACAUUUCUCUCUCUCAUACACAUACUCCUCUUUCUCAUCCUCACAUUUCUCUCUCUCUUAUACACAUACUACUCUCUCUCAUCCUCGCACUUCUCUCUCUCUCUCAUGCACAUAAUUCUCUCUCUCAUCCUCACACUUCUCUUUCUCUCUCAUACUUCUAUCCUUCAUCUUCACGCCUCUCUCUCUCUCAUGCACAUAUAUCUCUCUUUCAUCCUAACACUUCUCUCUCUCACAUCCUACCACUUCUCUCUCUCUCUCAUGCACAUAAUUCUCUCUAUCAUAUUCUCUCAUACACAUACUGCAUACUUCUCUCUUUCAUCAUUACACUACUCUCCCUCUCGCAUACAUAUACUUCUUUCUCUCAUCUUCACAUUUCACUCUCUCUCUCAUACACAUACUCUUCUCUCUCAUCCCCACUCUUCUCUCUCUCUCACAUACAUACUUCUCUCUCUCAUCAUCACCAUUCUCUCUCUCUCUGA